UGCCGGCUGUCCUGGGCCGGCACAGAGAUGGCCUUGGACCCUGGUGAUCUGACCUGGACCUCAGGCCACCUUGCCCUCUGCAAGUAAAAGCCAGGGCUCCGUCUUUGUCCGGAUCCACGCCCCAUGGCAAGUGCUGGCCCGAGAGGCGGAAUUCUUGAAGAUCAAAGUUCCCACCAAGAAAAGGUACGUGAUCAAGUCAGAAGGCAGCAUCGCGAAGACGUUCAACGAGAUCCUGCAGAAGCUGAGCGCACCCCUGAAGCCCCGAGUGCCCGAGCGCAGUAACGACAGGAUGAAAAACCUCUCCUACCCGUUUUCCAGGGAGAGAAUGUACCUGUACAACAUACAGGACGAGGACACCUUCUUUGAUAAUGCUACCCGUAGCCGCAUUGUACACGAGAUCCUGAAGCGCACCACCUGCUCUCGAGCCAACAACAUGAUGGGUAUUAAUUCUCUGAUAGCAAAUAAUAUCUACGAGGCUGCCUACCCCCUGCACGACGGUGAAUAUGAUAGUCCAGGGGGUGACGUGAAUGACAGAAAGCUGCUGUAUCAAGAAUGGGCACGCUAUGGGGUGUUUUAUAAGUUUCAGCCUAUUGACCUCAUCAGAAAGUAUUUUGGAGAAAAAAUUGGACUGUACUUUGCCUGGCUGGGAUUAUAUACAUCCUUCCUCAUCCCGUCAUCCGUCAUCGGGGUCAUCGUGUUUCUUUAUGGAUGUGCAACGAUCGAAGAAGAUAUUCCCAGCAAAGAGAUGUGUGACCAACAGAAUGCCUUCACCAUGUGUCCCCUGUGUGACAAGUCCUGUGACUACUGGAACCUCAGCUCAGCCUGUGGAACGGCGCAGGCCAGCCACCUGUUUGACAACCCUGCCACUGUCUUCUUCUCCAUCUUCAUGGCUCUGUGGGCUACCAUGUUUCUCGAAAACUGGAAGAGAUUACAGAUGCGACUGGGCUACUUCUGGGAUCUGACUGGCAUAGAAGAGGAAGAAGAGCGCCCCCGGCCUGAGCAUGAAGCCAAAGUUCGGGAGAAGAUGCUGAGGGAGAGCGACAAGUCUCUGGUCCAGAAAUUGGGAACCGGUGGGACUGAGGAUGCGGAUGAUGAAGACAAGCUGACCUGGAAAGAUCGUCUCCCAGGUUACUUGAUGAGCUUCGCCUCCAUCUUGUUCAUGAUUGCCCUGACGUUCUCCAUUGUCUUCGGGGUCGUUGUCUAUCGCAUCACAACUGCUGCUGCUCUGUCGCUCAACAAGGCCACACGCUCCAACGUCCGGGUGACUGUGACGGCCACGGCGGUCAUCAUCAACCUCGUGGUCAUCCUCAUCCUGGAUGAGAUUUACGGCGCCGUGGCCAAGUGGCUCACCAAAAUCGAGGUUCCAAAAACAGAGCAGACAUUUGAAGAGCGCCUGGUACUCAAGGCUUUCUUGCUAAAAUUUGUCAAUGCCUACUCACCCAUCUUCUAUGUGGCCUUUUUCAAGGGGAGGUUUGUGGGCAGACCUGGAAGCUACGUUUAUGUGUUUGACGGUUACCGCAUGGAAGAGUGCGCCCCUGGGGGCUGCCUCAUGGAGCUGUGCAUUCAGCUCAGCAUCAUCAUGUUGGGGAAGCAGUUGAUCCAGAACAACAUCUUCGAGAUUGGAGUCCCGAAGCUAAAGAAACUAUUUCGGAAGCUGAAAGGUGAGACAGAGCCUGGAGAAGCUGACUCCGCCUGUUCAAAGCAUCCAGAGCAGUGGGAUCUAGACUACAGCCUGGAACCAUACACUGGACUGACGCCAGAGUACAUGGAAAUGAUCAUCCAGUUUGGUUUUGUCACCCUCUUUGUGGCCUCCUUUCCUCUGGCGCCGGUGUUCGCCCUCCUCAACAACGUCAUUGAAGUGCGGCUUGAUGCGAAGAAGUUCGUUACGGAGCUGAGGCGGCCAGAUGCUGUGCGAACCAAAGAUAUCGGGAUUUGGUUUGACAUCCUCUCGGGCAUCGGCAAGUUCUCUGUUAUCAUCAACGCUUUUGUCAUCGCGGUCACCUCUGACUUCAUUCCCCGCCUGGUGUAUCAGUACUCCUACAGUCACAACGGGACUCUGCAUGGCUUUGUCAACCACACCCUCUCCUUUUUCAACGUCAGCCAGCUGAAGGAGGGAACGCAGCCCGAGAACUCACAGUUUGACCAGGAGGUUCAGUUCUGCAGGUUUAAGGAUUACCGGGAGCCGCCCUGGGCCCCAAACCCAUAUGAGUUUUCCAAGCAGUACUGGUCCAUUCUGUCUGCCCGUCUGGCUUUUGUCAUAAUCUUCCAGAACCUGGUGAUGUUCCUGAGCGUCCUUGUGGAUUGGGUGAUCCCUGACAUCCCCACCGACAUCAGUGACCAGAUCAAGAGGGAGAAGAGCCUGUUUGUGGACUUCUUCCUGAAAGAGGAGCAUGAGACGCUCAGGCCGACGGAGGAGCCUGCCCGGAGGAGCCAGGGCGCCAGCCGUCGCAGUGGGGGCAGCCCGGCAGCCAGCCCGGUGCCCUCGGGCCGGAGCCAGCGGGGCAGCAGCACGUCCCCGGGGUCCCAGCACACCAGUGUGUGAGCAGCUGAGACCAGCCCGGGGCUGCGCACCCGCAUGGGUGCGGUGUCCGUCCUUCCGCAGGAUCUGGCCUGAGGGGCUCUUGAAAAGGGCGUGUGUGUGCAUGUGUGUGUGCGUGUGCGUGUGGACAGAGGUUAGAGACAGGAGGCAGAGGAUGGGCGCGGGAGGGAAGAGAAUGAUGCUGCUUCUCAGAAACUUCAAGCUUGGGUUUCUUUUAGGUCCUCUUUUGAGCUGUAUCCUUUGGGCGAUUGGUACCCCCUUUUGCAUCCAUUGGUGAAAGAAUUGGGUCUCUCCAGCCCAGAGUCCCAGGCACCGCGAGCCCUGCCCUGUGCCCCCUCAGAUACCGUCCCCAAAUUUCGGUGGCCGCGGGCCAUGAGAAGCACAGUCCGGGCCCUGUUUCAGCCCCAUCAUAAGUGAUCACCACCCCACCCCCACUUCCCACCAUCACCCUGAGAAAACCCUCUGCAUCACUGUCACAGCCUCAGUGGAUGCAAAUUAUGUUCCGUGGCUGAUUGCUGUGGCCUCUGGACCUAAUGGUGAGCAAAGGUCCAGACCUGGGCUUGUCUCCAGUUCAUGUCAUGGGGAUGCUUUGAGCUAAAUGCAGCUAGCCAUCAUUUUAUGCAGGUUCAGGUUUAAAAUAAUAAAUUGAAACAUUCUUUAUAAA